AUGACUGGCUGUAAUUGCACCGUAGGACCAAUUACACGCUAUCAAAAAGACCCACACCUGUAUAACCUCAAAAAAGGACAUGUAAAAGAAAAAAAAAUAGGUAGCUUCUCUUUGAUUGAGCGUGUCAUCCUUAGUGCAGGGGCCAUGCUAAUCUUCUCUGUAUAUUUUCAUUUGACCAUAUGCCCCGAAGGGCGAAAAGACAUCCUUAUAGUUCAAUAUAACCUGCAUUCUGGGCAUAAUUAUACCGCCUACGGUUUUGGGGUUGGGCAAACUUUUGAGGAAGGCACGUUUGUAUGUCAACAAAGUGAGGAAGGAGUGAGAAUACGUUCAAGGAAGCAUGAUAAGAGCGGGACUGCACUACAAACUAGUUAG